AUGAUGCAGACUGAUACGAAAUCCGCUUGCUUGGCAUUGGUUUUCUUGGGUCUUAUGACCGUAGGCGAUUCCGUGACUGACAGCCUUCUCCCCGCUCUCGCAGAUGACGCUCAAACCCAAUCGGGUCGCUGGAAUCUGGGCACUGCGGCUCUUGUUCUCAAAAGCGUGUCUGAUAUCAUAGGCCAGUUUGUGAUUGGCUAUUCUCUCAACACUAAGCCCAAGCAUCAUGCGAUGAACAUUAACGUCACGAGUAUCCUUGUCGCCAGUCUCGUCACAUUGUUGAGCUUAUUUUACGACCAGCAAUGGCCCGUCUUGGUUGCCAUAGUCGGCCCUCUAGUAAGAUGUAUCGGAGGAGGGUCCCAUGCCUCGGCAUUUCUCAUACUCGCCAUACUCCAUGAUCAGGCCCCUCCUCAGUACCGGUUCGCAAGUUACUACUGGACAGGAUCUGUUUCGGUCUUGGCUCAGGCUCUAGGUCCAUUCUUUGCCUCUAUCCUCGCUGAUCACAGUCACGUCUUGCCCGGGGUACUGUCCGGAACCUGUUGCCUUGUCGGCUUUUGGAUUUCAGAUUCACUAAAACCUCCGUCUUGCGAGAGCAAUAACCCUAGUCAUAAUGAGACCACUUCCCUGUUGCCUCAUCACCAAAACGAUGUUGAGAUUAAGAGACUCAGCAUAUCGGUUGCAGAGUAUAUGUCUAGAUGCUUUGGCAAAAAGUCUCUUAUCAGAAGGUCGAGCCUAACAUUUCUGCCACAAGUGUUUUUCCUCAUGGCUAUUUGUAAAUCAACUCGGCCACUUUUCAAAAACUACAUUCAGCACAGAGACCAUGUUAGUCCUACAGAGGCCGACGCCUUGUGGCUUCUCCGAAGUGCCAUGAGCGUUCUGAUUUUUGGCAUCAUCCUACCAGGCAUUGCUCUGGGCACUGCACCAAGGGUCUCAUACCCUAACAACAUGAAUCUUCGUGUCGCCAGAAUCAGCGUUUUAUUCAUUUCGGCUGGCGCCUUCAUGAUAGGUCUAUCAGGUUCUCUACGUGCCAUCACAAUAGCAACUGAUCUUAGCCUCCUUGCCUUUGCAUCGUGUAACUUCAGCAGCUCCGAUGCAGGAACUGUCAUUAUGACCUUGGCAUCAAUCGAGAGCGCAGGAACAUUGCUCGGGAUUGGGGUUCUAUACCCGAUCUAUCAGUGGAGUAUUAACGAAGACCUACCAUUCCUCGCAGGAGGCGUUCCUUACUACAUAUGCGGGUCUCUCUACGCAGUCACUGCCGUAGUUGUGUGGUCUUUAAGAACGAGAAGACAAGCUCCUGAUUCAUGA